CAAGGGAAAGGAAAAUACCCCCUGCAUCAUCGUCGGAGAAUCGGGACAGGACCCAUUCGACAUAUGCUCACAGAAAUUCCACCAAUCGCAGAACAGACAGACCUAGAUUUCAAACGAAACGCGCUCCUACCAAGCAAAAUAAAAAUAAAAAAUGGUAAAUUUCGGGCAGGACAGGUGAGUAAAUAUCUACAAGCAUGGAAAGCACUGGAAGCACCAAAUAAUAUUAUAGCUACCUUGUCUGGCUAUCGCAUACCAUUCAUUAGUGCUCCACCUAUAUACAGAUUUACUAAAGCGUGUAUCCAGCGUUAUCAAACCACGUCAUCCUCAGAAAUGUCUCAUGAAAUUAACAAAAUGCUGAGAUCAGGCGCUGCACGCUCAUGCAAAAAUAAGUCAGGAUUACUAUCUCCUUUAUUCUUACGUCGGAAAUCUGAUGGAUCAAACCGCCCAAUUUUUGAUUUAAGAUAUCUAAAUAAUUACUUGAGACCUCCGAAAUUCCGUUUACUUAAUCACUUUAGAAUCCCUUUGUGCUUACAUUCAUCAGAUUUCAUGACAAAAAUAGACCUGUCUCAAGCCUAUUUUCACAUUCCUAUCGCUGAAGCUCACCAAAGGUUCCUAGCUUUCGCCUAUAAAAAUAAAGUAUAUACAAUGACUUGCUUACCUUUUGGACUUGCCACUGCUCCAUGCACCUUUGCAAAUAUAUCUAAUUGGCUGGCAAAUUAUUUCAGGACGGUGGGCAUUCGCAUAUUAGUAUAUUUAGACGACUUUUUAAUCAUGAAUACCGAUCCAGUACUACUACAAAAACAAACGCACUACGUACUAAAUUGCCUAUCAGAACUGGGGUGGUGUAUCAACAUGGAAAAGUCGAUUGUGACCCCCACACAGCUAAUAGAAUACCUUGGUAUAAUAUGGAAUACGGAGCAAAACGUCAAGUACCUUCCAGUGAUCAAAAUCAAAAAACUUACCGUCCUCCUGCAGAAGAUGCUAAAAAGAAACUGGUGGACAUGGCACACCGCCAAAAUUGCUCUAGGAAGCAUCAACUUUGCGGCUUUUGUAGUACCACUGGGAAAACUACAUUGCAGAGUGAUCCAAAUAGAAGCCAAUCGGUUGCCAGAAGACAACAAAAACCAGAAAUCCCCACUACCACAACAUGUAACCCAAGAACUACAAUGGUGGCUAGAGAAUAUCAACAUACCAACCCCCAUUCACUACAAAGACCCAACAGUGUUCAUAACCACCGAUGCAUCCGAUCAAGGCUGGGGAGCUACAGUGAACGACCUAAGUAUAAACGGUACCUGGAGCAAGGAACAACUACUAUGGCAUAUCAACUUGAAAGAGUUAUGGACGCUGAAAACAGCUCUCGAAAUUGCAAUCCCAAAAUAUCGAGGCCAAACAAUCUUAGCGCAAACCGACAACAAAACAGUAGCCGCCUACAUCAACAGGGAAGGGGGAACAAAAUCAUCGACACUGCUACAAAUGACUUCGGUUAUGCUCCAGGAAACUCAUCGCAAUCAAAUACAUCUCAUUGCGCGUUAUCUACCAGAGAGGUACAACCAGUUAGCCGACAGCCUAUCCAGAUUUCAAGGGAUGCCGGAAUGGACUCUAUCAAAACAGAUGUUAGAAAUAAUAUUCAACAAGCUGGGCUCCCCAACAAUAGACCUGUUUGCAAGUUCACAGUCGGCGGUCGUGGAUCAGUACGUAUCGGAGGACGCACGGGACCAUCAUUGUGCAUUCGUGAACGCUUUCAGCAGGCCCUGGCACUACCAACUCGGAUGGAUUUUCCCUCCACCGCCUCUCAUACCUCGAAUAUUACAGCACCUGAAAAAGAGUUCAGGACAGUACCUAUUAGUGGCUCCAAGAUGGGAGAAAACUUUCUGGAAAACGGAACUGAACCAAAGAGCCCUCAGCCCACCGCUGACAAUUUACAACCUACACCGACACCUGGUGGAUCUGCAGACCGGGAAACCACCACCCGCUGCAGAGAAACUACAUUUGCAGGUAUGGAGGGUUCAGGCUGGGCCCAUCUAGUCGACUCUUGGCCGGAAAACGAUAAAACUCUACUAGAAUCAGCAUGGCGUAAAUCGACCUUAAAAACAUACGGAACGGCGUGGGAAAAGUGGCGCGCGUGGUCUAAAGGAAAAUGUGCAGUGGAUGACCCAGCUCCUGGGCACCUGGCCAUGUUUAUGUCCUACCUACACAAUGAGACUAAGUUGGCGCCAAGUACGAUUGCCGUCCACAAAUCGGUUGUUUCAACCUUUGCCAACCCAGUAAAAUCAGAGGCAUUAUCUGGACACCCAUUAGUAAAGCAAAUGAUGAAAGCCAUAUCGGUUACAAAACCUCCUCCUAGAAAGUCAACUACCUGGGAUGUGGGGAUAUUAAUUGAAUAUCUUCAACAUUAUAAUAUCGAUGUUGAAAGCAUAUUUCAAGUUUCACGUCAUACUGCUGCGCUUUUGCUACUGUGUUCAGGACGAAGGAUACAUGACCUCACACUAUUGGACAUAAGCUCAGAGUUCUUUGAGGAUGCGAACGACUACAUCAUAUUGUGGCCCAAGUUCGGCUCUAAAACAGACUCUUCAACCUAUCGACAAGCUGGGUGGAGGUGUGGAUCAAAACACUUAUUAGUCUGUCACAAAAGCGAAGAAGUGCUAGGCAGAAUUUGAACAGCCUAUUUAUCACCACAAGGGGUAAAGUCAAUGUGGCCUCACGAACUGUAAUAGCAGGCUGGUUGAGGACUCUGUUUCGGGAAGCCAACAUUCAAGAUUCUCCAGGCAGCUUUAGAGCCGCAGUAAAUUCCAACAUGUGGUUGAAGCACCAUAUCAAUAUUGAUGAAAUAUUAGCGCGAGGAAAUUGGAGAAGCAAAGAUACAUUUAUCAAGCAUUAUUGCAAAGCAUUACAAAGAUCUCAAUCUAGUGAACCUAAAACUAAUAGUAAUAUUUUUCAAUUAUUUACACCAAUAUGAUUAACAUGAUUCCUAUAAAUUAGUGAUUAAUAGGCUUAAAAGUCUAGACUGAUUAGUUAUACUCAAAGAUGAGAUUAUUUUUAUUAUAUUUUCUAUUUUACUAUUCUUUUGCAAGAAGUAUUUUUAUUUUAUGUUACUCUCUCAGAGUUGUUGAUUUAACAAAGUAUAAAUUAUGUACUUUGAUAACAAUAAGAUUACAUAAAUACAAAAUGUGAUGUUAAACAGAAUUUUAUUUAAAUUAAUUUUUACCCUACCAACAUCCAUAAAAU